AUGUCACGUCCAGCGGCCAAGUCCACCGAGAUUGACCUGCGCGUCAGCAAGCCGUCACGUCCCGCCAUCAACACCAGCAGCUUGGACGCAAAGCAGGCGCAUAUCCCAAAUCGAGCUCAUAGCGGCGCUUCGGUCCAUUAUGAGACUCACAGCAGAGGGAGCAGCUCAAAUACGAAGGUCGGAUCACCUACCUCACUUCCGAAAAUGCUGGAUCAUGCGCCCGGUGAACUCUCCAGACAUCUCAAGCCAAACGCUGCGGUUAAGAGCGGUGUCCCUGUUCGUCUGAGGGAAAUCAGUAGCGACAGCACACUUUCCAAUGUCUCUCAAGGGUCGACUGCCUAUCUUGUCCUUGGAGAAGACGCUGAGCUCCACUUCCAGCAACAAUCCGACGUGCACGAUAUCGUCAUUCCCACCGAGGCGGACGUACAGCCGGAUCCAUACAAGUAUCUCAUCGAUAUUGAGGGUCAACCCGAUCUUCGCAGGUUCGAUCCAUCGGUACAAGUCUAUCUGAGGCUGCUGGGCCAUACCGAGGCUCUCGAGGCGUUGAAGCCGUCAGUACCAGCGCAAAAAUUGGCGGAUGCCGAGCUCGCGGGAGGGUGGUUAGCUUUGAAGCGUGCGAGAUGGCCACGUCCAGGAGGCAAGCGUCGAGGCGUCUUCUUCGAUCCAAAAGACAUUACACCACUCGCCGUCCAGACAUGCCCAUCCAUGCCCUACAUUUUCAACGUAGACCCAGACUGCAUUUCGGAUCAGCUCGAGUUCCCAACAAACCUGGAGCCAGCAUAUACGGAUCUUCCUAAGUCUGCAUGGAUCAAAAGUCCGUAUGUUCGGCAGUCGUACAGGAUGUGCCUGUCCAAUGCUAUCGUCCCUCUUCCCAGUCCAUGCGUACCGAGCGAUCGUCCGGCUUGGACGGAAAUGGUCCAGGUCUGCUACGGAGAUGCUCACCCGGUACAUAUCCUGUGCAAUAACAGGGAUAUCAACAAAGACAACAAUGAGAAAUUGGUCCUUGCAUCCAGGGAUUGCGAGUUGAGAUUAGACUGCUUCGCCUUCCCAUAUCGCAACAAGGGCUUAGACAAGGAAGCGGACGAGGCGUUGUAUGUGUACCAUCGAGACGUGCUCAAUUUUUUCGAGGACUCUGACGAGAGUGAGGAAGAUUAUCGGUUUAGUGAAAACUUGGAUGGGUACGGUAGAGUUAUCCAGUGA